AACAUUUCUUUCUUUUCUAUCUAUCUACCAAUUUAUUUUGUAAAUAAGAACCAACAUAAACAAAAAUCGGAAAUCCUGGAAUAGAUUAGCAAAAAAAAAAGAAAUAAAAUUAAUGCAAAUCUUUACGGAACUACGAAUAAUGUGACAUUUUAACUUCUGAAAUAAUAAGCGCAAAAGCGACAUGUAUCUCGUACAAAUUAUCCAAUAUUUUCAAAAAUCAGCACACAUCAGCAUUUCAUCUCGUAAAACUGUAAUAAAACAUUAUCGCCAAUAUUGCCGUGGUGUGCCAUUCAUAAGUCUAUAUAAGAGAGUAAUCGGCACUGUACCAGACAAUAUCUUAUCACAACUUGAACAAAAACAUCCCAAAGUUAUAAGACUGACUGUUCAAAGCUUACAAUGUACACUGCAGGUACUAAGCAAAUUUGGUAUCUCUGCAGAAGAUGCUUGCCUUGAACCACAUAUUUUCUGUAUGAAUCCCAUAUCUAUGGAUAACUAUGGAGAAAUAUUAAAAGAAUGUGACUUUACAGUUAUACUUCCUAAACAUAUAAUAAGGUACCAUACGUUAGUUAAAUCAAGAACUAUUUCUCAGUUAAAAAAGCAAGGCCUUCUAAGAGAUGAUGCAAAAUUGGAGGAAUUAUUACAUGAAUAUUUGCAUGAGUGGCCAAGAGAGUGUCAUGAUUUAAACAAUUUUCAAGAUACUGAUACAAAUAUUUUAACUGUACGGAUGAGUGUUCUAGAAAGAUAUUUACAAUGGAAGCUGUGCAUAACAACAGAUGAAUUCAAAAACUACUGUAAAAAUUACCUGCCAUUAAAACACAGACCAAUGUGUGACAUCAAAGAAGCAUUGAAUAUUGCUGAAAAUGAUAUAAAAUUCAAUAAAGAAACUAUAAGAAGGAAUGGCUUCAUAAUAUCAUCAGAUCCUGUGAACACUAAACUUAUAUUGGAGAAUGUUGAAACACUGGGUGGCGUGGACAUCAGAGAGGUUGUCAGAUCGGAACCUGCAAUUCUGAAGAAUAACUACCAAGCCAUUUUGGAAAUAAGAAAUUUACUGAAGCAAUACAACAUCUCGGAUGAUGCUCAACAGCACUGUUUCAGAGUGUAUUGCAUGCGUCCAAGAACUGUCCAAGAGCGUCUCGAACAACUGUCUAACGUGAAGGAAUAUAAAGUUCUCUCAACGAAUCCUAGAGUCCUUUACAUGGUCGUGCAUGAACGUAAAAUGAUGAAUCGCCUGAACAAGAUCCGAGCAGCCAAGAAACAGUGCUAUAGUCUCAACCAUUUAGUUUCCUCAAACAAAUUGUUUAAUACGUACAUAAGUAGCUUUGGGGACAAAGUUUGCAGUAAAGAUAUUGGAAUAUUAAUUAGCACUUCCCUCCACGCACGAGGAAUAACUAGUAGAUCUGUUUUGGACAAACUAAGAAGGCACAAGUAUUGGCUACACACGGCAUUGAAUGAUAUAGGAGAGAACAUACAUUUGUUGAAGAAACGGUUUGACGACGAUGUUAUAUUUGAUAACUGCCAGAUAUUGUUAUAUCCUGUGUUGGAAUUAGAGCAAUAUGUAAACUUUUUACUAAAACUUCGUAUAGGUGAUAUGUCUGCUGAAGAAUCCAGUCAAAUCGAACUCGAUGCCACAUACAAUAACAUUAACUGUGGAAUACUGACUGACAGACAGAUAUUAAGCCUGGUCUUGUAUGAGAUAGAGAAGAAAUAUCAUUUCAGUGGGGACGGAAUAUGGAACAGGCUGGAUGGCGGCAAGGUCGAUUCGCAAGCUACAAACAAGAAAUUAAAACAGUGUGCUAAUUGAGUGACUUGCCGACUGCGUAAAAU